ACGAUAAAGAAACAAUAAAUAAAAUGAAUAAAAAAAGUUUAUUUCUUUUACUUUUAAUUGGCGUUGUUUUUAAGUCUAUCGAGUGUUCUAACUUGAAAAAAUAUUCUUUACUUAUGCCGAAUGUAAGCCCAAACGUGCCAGAAUUAUAUUUAUGUACUCCGGUAAAAGUAGACCCAUCUAGAAAUUAUUAUAUAGUUGGCUUUGAGCCAAAUGCUACUAUGGAAACAGCUCACCAUAUGCUCUUGUAUGGAUGUACAAAACCUGGAAGUACCAAGUCUAUAUGGGAUUGUGGUGAGAUGGCACAUUCUCUUAAUAGCCAACGUGAAACAGCUGUUCCUUGCAGCGAAGGAUCUCAAAUUUUGUAUGCUUGGGCUAGAGAUGCGCCUAGAUUGAAUUUACCAGAGGGUGUUGGUUUCAAAGUUGGAGGUGAUUCUCCAAUUAAAUACAUCGUUCUUCAAGUACAUUAUGCUCAUAUUGAUCGUUUCAAAGAUGGUAGUACAGAUGAUUCUGGAGUAUUUUUACAUUAUAUAUUACAUCCGCUAAAUAAAUUAGCUGGUGUACUUCUUUUGGGAACUGGGGGUUCUAUACCACCUAGAAGUACUGAAUAUAUGGAAACUGCUUGUAUUCUUAAAGAAAAUAAGACUAUAUAUCCUAUAGCAUACAGAACACACAGUCAUUCUUUGGGUAGAGUAAUUUCUGGAUAUGUAAUAAAACCUAAUUGGAAAUGGAUUGAACUUGGUAAAAGGGAUCCUCUUACGCCACAGAUGUUCUAUCCUGUAAAAAAUAAUGUUUCGAUAACGAUGCACGAUCAAAUUGCAGCUCGUUGCACUAUGCAAAAUAUGCGCGAUACUUGGACUAAUAUUGGUCCUACGAACGAAGACGAAAUGUGUAAUUUUUAUUUAAUGUAUUACGUUGAGAAUGAUGAACCAUUGAAUAUGAAAUAUUGCUUUACUCCUGGACCUCCAGUUUAUUAUUGGGAAAAUGAUGAAUUAAGGAAUAUUCCUGAUAAAGAAGCAUCGACAUUGUAAAGAAUUAACGAAUCCAGGAAUUGUACAAAUACAAAUGGCUUGAUUUUACCAUUCUCAUUGACGAAAUAAGAUAUCAUACAUGGUUUUAAAUUAUACGUGUCAAUUUGGUGCUAUAGGACGAAGUCAUGGGAUCAAACUAUCUUGAAUAUCUUUUUACUCCAUAAUUAUAUUUCCAAUAAUGUCUAAGGAUAAUUUUAUUCCAAUUUUUUAAAAAUCUGAUUUAACUGAUAAUAUAGUAUUAGUUAAUACUUAAUUUUAUCUCAAUAUUGUUUACAGUCAAUAACUAAGUUUUAAACCUCCAAUAAUUUUUUUCUAAUACAUUUAUUUAUUGUGUAAUAUUUAAGGAUAAAUAUUGGAGGCAAGAUAAACAACAUAUCUGAUAUAUAUUAACAUAGUAAACAAAACAAUUUGUCCUACAGUACAGUCAGUUUUUGCGAAGUAUUUUAUCGAGAAUUUAUUUAACUUACUACUUAAUUGCUACUUAAUUACUACUUAAUUGCUACUUCAUUAGUACUUAAUUGCUAUUUAUUGUCUUAAUUCGUAUUGAAAACAUUCGUAAAUGCAUGAACAUAACAAAAAUAACAAUAGUAAUAUCAGUAAUAUUGGAAUCAUAUCUCUAUAAUUGUAUAUUUCUCAUGUUGAGUUUUCUACCUUAAUUUUAAAUUAUCUAUAGUAAAAUAUUUUUCGAAGGAAAAUGAAAUGAACUAAUCCUAUUGCUUGAAUGAAAUGAAACAUAUCUGUGAUUUUUUUGAAGUUACUAACUUCUUUUUCCUGAUUAAAUAGAUCGAGAUGUGAUCUAUUUAAAUAUAUUUUUUUUGUAAUAUCUUUUUGAAACUUAAGUAUUUUAUAUGUCCUAACCAAUUUAAUUGUGUAUAAAACUAUACCUGAUAGAUUAGCAUAUAUUUUAUUUAUAUAUUUUUGAUCUCUACAAUGAAAUCUCAUAUAUGUCUAAUAAUCGUAGAAAAUUACAAUUUCAAGAUAGAAUUUGAUUAUAUUUUAUAUAAGUAAUUUUGUCAAGAGAAAACUUUAAGAAUAUCAUUGGUAUUCGAAAAUUUUGUUUUCUUAUAUUUUUGUGGAACAAUGCGCACUGUAAUUAAUAUGUAAAAAAAAAUAUUAUGCAAUGUUGUAUAAAUUAAUCUUAUAUAAUGAUGUUAAUUAUAUUGUCAAAUAUUUAUUUAAAUCUUGAAGAUACACAUAUAUACACAGAGGGUAUAUAUAUAUAUAUGUAUAUGUAUAUAUUGCUACAUGAAUCAUCGAGAUAUCUAUUUUCGAGAAUGCAUAAUACAAAAAUGGAUUUAUUGUUUCAUGUCCAACAAUAUAUCUAAAGACAUUAAAUUUAAAUAAAUCUCUUACGCAUCAUA